GGAGUGGUGUGGACACGAGAGACGCUGUUCGACUAUCUACUUGAUCCGAAGAAGUACAUUCCGGGUACAAAAAUGGUAUUCGCUGGUAUCAAGAAACCCGGUGAACGUGCUGAUCUCAUCAAAUACAUAGAAGUCGAAGGUGCCAAGAAACCAUCUUAA